GAUUCAGUAACUCAACCUUUCAUGAUAAAAGUCUGUUUUCUAUUGCAAGCAACUGCAAAACAAAACAAAGCCAUGGGGAAUUGCUUAGCUCAACAACAGAAGCUAAUCAGAGUUAUGAAAACUGAUGGAAAAAUCCUUGAAUAUCAACCACCCAUCAAAGUUGAACAAGUUUUAUCAGACUUCCUUGCUCAUGCUAUCUCUGAUACAUUCUCUGGCUUCCACCAUUUUCAGCCUGAUGCUAACAUGCUCCCCGGCCACCUAUAUUACCUUGUACCUCUUCCAUCAACAGCAAUCAAUAAGUGCAAGGAAAAGAAGGUACGGUUUUUGAAUCCAGAAGUGAAUGAUGAUGAUAAAGGAAGCCCUGGUGUCGUAAGAAUUAAGUUGAUAAUCACUAAGCGAGAAUUGCAGGAGCUGAUUCAAAAACAAGGAGUUACAGUUCAGGAUAUGGUGUCUCAGAUACACAAAUCGGAUGCUAUUGGUAACAGCGGAGGGUGGAAGUGGAAGCCUGUUUUGGAAAGUAUAGAUGAAGUAAACUAGUAAAGCAUAUCACUCUUUUAGCUAGAAUUAUCUUAAAUUCAAGUAUAUACAUAUACACGCAUAUAUGAAAUAUACUGCAACAAUGUCACUACACAAUAUAUGAUGCUCCUUUACGAGAAUCAGCUGACAGAAAGAUGAGUACUCUUGAACCGAA